CUAAUUUAAAACUAGCCAAUUAGCUUCCAAGUUAGAAAUUCCCGUGACCCCUUAGAUUUCACCCAGGCUGCUGGAUUGAAGAGAGAUUUGAUACCUUGCCUCCUGCUUUGGUCGGCCUUGCAGUAAAGCUCUUUUCUCUAAGGCUCUUGCCAUAAGUAUUGGCUUCUGUGCACAUCUGUCAGUGAGCCCAUGUUCAGUGAGUUUGGGCAGCCUAGUUGAAAUUUAGGACUUGUGACCAUCUGCUUGAUGCACUUAGCCCCUGUUGGUUCUCAACACCAACCCUGGGUAGCCACCUCGACUGAGUUUGUCUAGAAAGUAGGCUCUCAGGUUCCUGUUUCCUACCAUGGCACUCUGGGCUCCCUGGGCUUUUUUGGCUCCUUUCACUUUUAAGAAAAGGAAUAGCUCCUGGAUCAUGUAUCUUUGGGAAACCUAGAGUAUCUGUGAAGAUGAGCGGUCUUCUCACUUCUGUCUGGAGAGUUCAGAGAAGUGAGGAUGGUGGACUAAGUGAAUGACCUCAAUUAUGCCAAGAUCACGUGCUGUUCUACCUGCACUCCUGCCUGUUGUCCUGACCACAGUCACCAUGCCUCGGGGUAAGAAGGCUAAGCUCCACACCUGUGAGAAACGCCGCCAGGCUCAGCAUGGCACCCAGGAUCUGAGGGGCACUCAGGUCACUGCCACCACGAUGGAAGCACUCUCAUCUUCUUCCAAUCCUGGUCCUGGGGUUGAUGCUAAGGGAAAGUCCGGUGCUAGGUCUGGUAACCAUCUCAAGCGUCCUCGGGGGGCCCUGGCCACCACCACUGUGCCUGCAGGUGUUUCUCCCACAAGAUCAUCCAAAAGAGCCCUUGGGAAAUUUGGGAAAACACAUAAUUCCUCUCAGGCCCCUCUCUCCAAUGUGCGGUCUGGAAAACACUCACUAACCAGGCCGACAAAUCUGUUGGUGCAGUUCCUGUUAUGCAUGUAUAAGACAAAAAAGCCCAUUAGGAAAGCGAAUAUGCUGAAGAUUAUCGAUAAAAAGUACCACAAUCGAUUCCUCAGGAUCCUCAAAAGAGCUUCUGACAGCAUGGAGGUGGUAUUUGGUGUUGACGUGAAGAAAGACAACACUGCCAAGCAUUCUUAUGUCCUUGUCAGCAAGAUGAAUCUCCCCCGCAAUGGGAUUGUGCACCGUGGCAGGGGUUUUCCCAAGACCGGUCUCCUGAUGAAUCUCCUGGGUGUGAUCUUCAUGAAGGGCAACUGUGCCACAGAGGAAGACAUCUGGGAUUUCCUGGGUAAGAUGAAGAUCUAUGCUGGGAAGAGGCAUUUCUUAUUUGGGGAGCCCAAGAAGCUCAUCACCCAAGAUUUGGUGCAGCUGAAGUAUUUGGAAUAUCGGCAAGUGCCUGGCAGUGAUCCAGCAUGCUAUGAGCUCCUGUGGGGUCCCAGAGCGCAUGCUGAAACAAGCAAGAUGAGAGUCCUGGAGUUCCUGGCCAGGAUUAACCGUUUGGAUCCCAGUGCCUUCCACUUUUGGUAUGAAGAGGCUUUGAAAGAUGAGGAAGAGAGGGCCCAAGCUAGCGGAUGUCCCAGUGUUCCCCCAGCAGUUCCUUCCACAUCUAGUGAAGCUGAGGCAAAUUCUGCACUUUGAGGCUCAAGAGAGUAGUCAGUGUUCCAAGUAGUAUAGGACUGGACGUCACCAAGGGUUCUUAGUGUAAAAUACCUUGGUGUUCCUGUUCUGUAUGGGGAAUUGAUAGAUAAACCUGUGUUUUUAUGUUCUUGGUACUUUUCAAAUGUUGCUCCUAAAUGAAAGCUUAUCUAGCAUAUAUGUGUACAAAUUAAUCAGUCACACUUAACCAUUUUUUGUUGGUCCUAAGGAUAAGAGUUUUUCUGUUGUGUAAAAGCAAAAGGGGAAGCUUCAUCUUAUUUAGUAAGCCAGUGAAAGAUAACAUGGCAUUGCAAUAUGUUAUUUCCUUGAAAAUACAAAACAGUAAAAUAUGUGGGAUCAAGAAAUAGAGGAAAAGGAAGAUAGUAUUUGGUUCCCUCAUCCCUUGUACUCUGUGUUUUACAAAAUUAUAAGCAACAGUAUAUGCCUGGUUAAUUCAAAAUGUUGAAAUAAAUUCUAAUAAUUUCAA